AGGUGGAGCCGGUCGAGUCCUUCCCUCAGCCGGUGGAACAGCAUCAACUCAACAACCUCAGGUCACUCCGGACCACUCAGUGUGAUGGACAUACUGAACCUGUGGAACGAUGACCCGGAGGAGGUUCUGCUGGAGAUGGGCUUUGGCUGCGAUGAGCCCGACCUCUCUGGACGCAUACCGGCCCGAUUCAUCAACUAUCAGUCCCAGGCCAGAGGAAUAAACCUGCAGGUGUUUCUGGAGGCCCAGCAGAACCGGCUGGACCUGGAGAACCCAGACGUCAGCAAUCGUUUCAGACAGCUCGAGGUUCUCCAUCAGGUGACUACAGCGUUCUCCUCACUGGUGGGGUCUUCCUCCCCCCUCAAAGUACCACUGGGGAAAGCUAUGACUCCUGAGGCCCGGGAGAGGAGGAGGCACGUAGGCAUGCUGUUCAGACGAGCAUCAAAGAAGUCCCUCAGCCAAAACCCCAACCAGAAAUCCACUACGCCUACUGCAGACUCUCCUCCCUGCGCUGCACCCGGAUCCAUGCAACCUCCGUCCAGCCUCAGUGACAAUAAGUCCACUUUAAAGAGAGCCAAACCUGGAGUCCUGGAGACUGUGUUUCUGAGUCCUCUGGCAGAGGAACAAGGACCGGGACCGGACCCAAAUAUGGCUGCUUUCCCAGUCCAGGAGGGAGGCCUCAGACACGAGCCCCUGACAGAGGGUCAACCCAGACCCCCAGGCAAUGUUUUACCGAGGAAGAGGAGCCCGGGGCAGACCAAGGAGUCCUUUGAGAUAGAAGAGAUCCACAGUUUUGAUGAAAGCAGUGUCACAGGGAGCUACACCGGAGGAGCAGAACAUUUAGCGCGGAGUUUCAUACGGACCAACAGCUGCCAGUCAGACAGCAGUGGGUUUUUAGAGGAGCCCAUCAUCCCCUCCCUCGGUCAGCAGGCGGCCCCCGGACAAGACGUCCUCAAGGCUCUGUCAGGCCUGUUGGGAGGAAGCACUGACAGCGAGAGGCCAGUCUCCCCCUCUCCGACCCCUCACAACGCUUCAUCUCUCCGUCUCUCCUCAUCUCCAACCUCUUCUGGUGUGGACAAAUCUCUCCUUUCCCCACCUAGUCUUUCACCAGAGCCUUCGUUAGUUGUCCCCCAUUCCCCAUCUCCUAGUCUGUCGCGCCUCCUGGAAUCCAACCUGCAGAAUUUACAGAGCGAGACACCACGUGAUCAGGAUCGGUCGUCCCCUUCUUCGCCGCCUGCCUCUUUAAUUCCGGAGUCAGAAGAGAAAACUGAGGACCAGGGUGCUCCAUCCCCCCGCCUAUCUGGUCCAUCCCAUGACUCUGAAAGCACAGCAUGCCCGAGUGUUCCUCCUCCCCCCUCAUCACCCUCUCCAAAUUUGGAUUGUUUGUUUUCUGCACAGUCUGACUCCUCCUCUGGAAACAGAGAGUCAGAACAGUUGGCUUCACACAGGAACCCCCUCUCUGACUCGUGUGACACAUCAUCCCUGCGUCCCUCCUCUUUAGCCUCCCCUGAAUCCCUCUCACAACCGGAAGUAAAUCUAGAGGAGUCCCUUUUCCCAGACGGAAUAAGCCUCUCUGAUCCACCUACCGAUACACUAAAGGAAGAGGAAGAAACUCCCUCCUCUUCCUUCUCUCAGUCAGACAUCAUCAAUCCCUCAGCUUCUCUUCUGGACUCCUCUGAGUUUGAGGAGGUUUGUCCCACACCACCUUCUCCUAACCCUUCCAGUCCAGCUCUUCAACUCUCAUCACAAGGCCAUGAUUCAGAUGGUGAGAGAACUCCAGGCCUUUCAGAGCCGUCCAUCUCCCAACAGAACACACCAAGUCCCGAUGAGAACACAGACCCUGAUCCAGCCUCUCCUGUCCCAGAUGUUUUCCAAAAGAAUUGCCUCUCUUUAGACUUUGAAGAUCCCCAUCAGACGAGUGGAAAGGGAGGGGUGGAGGGUGCUGACACUGAGCAGACUCCAGAGGCUGCUGUUUACAUCUCAGACACACAGAGCUCUGCAUGCCUGUCAGAAAGUGCAAGAUUAGUCUGUGAGGAAGUAUGUAACCAAACAGAAAUAGAUCCGCAGCUCCCGUCCCGUAGUUUGCAUGAGGAGCUUUCAGCUGGAACCCGACCGGAAGAGAGUCGAAGGGGAUCAGAGAGGGAAUCACUCACAGGGUCUUCAGAUUCACCUGAUGAUGUGCCAGAGGUGCACAGCAGAACUGAAGUGGAACCAAAGGGUCUGAUCAACAUCGAGAGCCUGGACCUGGUGUUUCAAACCUCAGUGGACGGCUCAGGAAGUGAAAGUGAAGAUAUGGAGGCAUUUCUCGAGCGAAUUGAUAACGAAGGGCGAGUCUAUUGGGCGGAACCGGUCCAGGUUUCCAAUCUGACUCCUGAGGCAGGCAGCCUUGAAACCCAUGACGAAUCUCCUGGGAAUACAAAUUCAGCUGUUUCCUCCACAGGAAGAGAUAUGACUUCAUCUGGGUCUCACUCAACAACCAUGGACACUAACCAGACAUGCAGAAAUGCAACCUCCUCCUCAGACACACCCUCCUCCUUGACACGACCAUUAGCAACCCCCGUUGCAAGUUCCACCCUGAAACCGUCAAGCCGCUCCGUCUCCGUCCAGAUGUCCUCCUCUCCUUCCUCUCAUAUUGUCCACAGGACGGACGUCCCCUUCAUGCCUGACUCUAAACGCUCCCCGGUCCCUAGUGUCCUCUCUUUGGACACCUCCAGCCCUUUCCGUGCCGUGCAGUCAUGGACAGACCUGCACAUGAAACGAAACACCCUCACCCAGAAGUUAUCCCACGGGCUGCUUCAUUCUGCCCCGUAUGAAGUCACCGUGUCCACUGGGAUGAUUCCAAACCCUACAGCGAACUACUCCUCGUCUCCGUAUUUGCCACAUGACUAUCUCCCUGCUAGAAAUCCUAUGUCGGUGUCUCUGGAUAAAGGGCUGUGGGCCGAUGAGGAGGAGGUGGACAAACAUGGAGGUGAAUAUGAGGACAAGCUCUGGGGGGGUCCUCACACUGCCACCAUAGCAUGCUGCUCCUCCUGCGACCAGCAGUGCAGCUGCGGAGACGACUGGCGACACACUGCGGGAAAUAUUCCUUACUCUCUGGAUGAGUUGGAGGAGAUGAUGCUGUCUCUGCAGCAGUUUCGCUCUGUGCUCAGCAACAUGGAGGAGCAGCUCUCUGAGGAGCAGGCUGGAGUUUACAGUGCUCUCUCGGUGAAGGUUCAGGACAUAGAGGAGCUGAGGCAGGCGGUGAAGCAGGAGGCUGAGGAGCUGGAGAUGCAGCUGAAUGAACUGGCUCAUCACUACGACGACAGCUUGAAAAUGAAGAUGCACAGGCUGCUGGAUGAGCAGUCUCUGCUCUGCUCUCAGCUCAGCGUCUCACCUGGAGCGGGUCCCCCAUCGUCAAGCCCGGCCCCCGGCAGGACGGUAGCCACUCAGUGCUGCAUGCUGCCCGGGACCCCUGCAGCAGAGGUGCAGAGCAGCAGGACCACAGAGUCCCUCAGACAGUCCCCCCCUGGAUCAAAGUGCCUCUGUGAGGGCCUGGACAUGAAGCUGGACAUGAUGGGCUUCCUGCAGAGAUUGAAGGAGUCUCUGCGUCAUUCUGUGAACACAGACUCAUUGGAGUAGAAGGUGUCAGCGGUGCAGCAGGAGAACCCGGGGGCCUGAAGUCUUCCAUUGACUGAAGAAUAUUUUUUCAGAUUUACACUUUUGUGAUCAUUUUGCCUCUAGAACCACUACAAGCUGCAUGAGAAGCAAACUUUGUUGUAAAGGCAGAAUGUAUAAUAAAACAGCAGCAAUAACGGCAUAGGAUAGGCUGUUUUAAUAUAUAUAUAAAAAGCACAUUUACAGAAUAUAUAUUUAUAUAAAUGUAAGUAUUUAAUACAGAUACACACGAGGCUCAGUGUACGCACGACGCUCCGUAUGAAUAAUUCCACUACAAUAAACCAUAGAACAGUGAAA